GCUAAAACGAGAUUUAAUGCUAUUUUUAAUUUUUACAAUAAAAAUAGUUAGUUAGGUUUAAUACCAGUUACCUGAACAGACAUGUUAAUUUCCCGUAAAUAGUGCGAUAUUAAAAAACAUACAAUUUAACCAGGACUAUAUUUUUUUAUCAAAGAAGCAUCAAGGCGUAUAAUAAUAUGGGUAAACUCAAUAAUGAACCAGACAAAGGAAGUGACCAACAAGAAAUUAACUACGUGCCUUAUGGAACAGAAAAGAUUCAGUUAAAACCUGAAAAUGACCCAAAACAAGUAGACACUUUGUAUAUGUAUUUUACAGUAUUAACAUGUCAGCUGAUAGUGUUUGUUGCAGGAGGAGCAGCAGUAUGGACGUCGCCUGCAAUACCGGAAUUAUUGUCAAACAACACAUACAUAAAUCCGCUCAAUCACCCUAUAACUUCUGUGCAAAUAUCCAUGCUGGUUGGAUUUCCAAAUGUUUUAGCAAUUGUGGGGUGUCUAUUUUUGCCCAAGCUAUCGGAUGUCAUAGGACGAAAAAGGUUUUUGCAAGUUAUGGCUAUUUUAAUCUUUGUUUCUGGUAUUUUAUUGGCAUUUAGUAGGGAAGUUAUCCUGUUAAUUACAGCUCGAGGUAUUUGCUGCUUAUUUUAUACAGCAGCGUUUACAGUGUUCACCGUAUACAUUUCAGAAAUAUGUGAGGAUUUUCAAAGAGCCAAGUUUGGAUGUUUUCUGGGAAUGUUUCAUCAAAUUGGUCAUUUCUAUUGCUACGUUAUUGGACCGUUUUUUAGCAUAAAAAUAUUAACAAUUUUAAUUGUGUUUCCUACUAUUCUAUUUUUUGUAAUUUCUUUUUUCAUACCAGAAAGCCCAACGUUUUGUUUACUAAAAAAACGAGAUGUCCAAUGUAUGAAGUCUUUAUCAAGAUUAAGAAAUCACAAGACUCAAAAAGAAUUAGAGUUAGAUAUGGAUAAAAUUAACCAAGUCAUUAAAGGAAGUUCCGAACAAAAAAGUUUAAAAUUUUUAUUUCAAACUAAAGAAAAUAGAGUCGGCUUUAUGUUAGGUUUACUUCCUUGUAUUGCGCAGCAAUCCUCUGGAAUAUCUGCAAUCAUGAUAUUUUUAGCACCAAUAUUUAAUUCAGCAGGAACUAGAUUUUCAGGAAAUCAUGUAGCAAUGAUAGUUGGUAUGGUAAAAAUUACUACUUUUACAUUUACUUCUUUUGUUGUAGAAAGGGUUGGCCGCAGAAGGAUGAUACUCUUUUCCUCAUUAGGAACAAGUUUGUCAUUGUUUUCCUUGGGUCUUUUCUUUUUCUUAAAACACAUUGAAUCGCCUCUAGUGGCUCAUCUGCAGUGGUUACCUUUUGUUUCAGUUAUCUCUCUUGUAUUUGUUUAUUCUUUAGGCCUUGGUCCCAUUCCAGUUGGUAUAAUGAACGAACUAUUUGCACCCAACUACAGAGCAGCAGCUUCAUCGAUUGUUAUGGCUUUAACAAUGAUCGUAGUAACCAUUAUAACAGCAGCCUAUCCGUUGGUUGCACAAAGUUUCGGUCCUCAUUGGUGUAUUUGGAUGUUCAGUUCGUUAUGUUUAGGUUUCUCACUAUUGAUGUUUAUUUACUUACCAGAAACAAAAGGUAUGAGUUUAAAAGAAAUUCAAGAAAUGUUAAAAAAAUAUUAGAUUUAUUGAAUUUUUAAAUCUUUUGUUUUAAAUAUUAUGUAAUAAAUCGUUACCAAAAAUUAAGAUCUACUAAGGAUAUAUUUGUUUGUGAUAUAUUUAAAUUAAAUUUUAUUAUAAGUUUAAAAACAAUUAAAGUAAUUAUUGUUUAAAAAAACUCUAUUCAUUUUUAAUAAAACACUAAAUAUUUUUUUACCACAAAACAAUUGGAAACAUACGUCACUUUAAACUAACGCUAAUGAUAUACAGAUAGUCCUAACAACAACAACAACAAUAAAGAUCAUCUCUUAGAAAUCAAUAGAAAGUGCAAUGUAAUAUCCAACAUGACAGUACCAAAAUAUCACCCUUGGGUCCAGGGUACCCAUGCUUGUACUUCUGGAAAUAUCUUCCCUCGUUGUUUCACUAAAAUACAGCGGAUGACUCAUAUUCUAACUCGGCUUACGACAGACUGAAUUUACAUAAACUGGCGACACACAUAAAUCACUCAUGCGCAUAUCACAUUGCAAUGAAUGACUCU